GAAAGGUGGUGGUGACAGCGUUUUUGAUUACUUAAAUGAACCCCGGUCACAAUAUCCUAGUACAUUUGUUGUAGAAAUUCUGACACAGAUAGAUUUUUGCACAACAUAUAGAAUUUUAUACAAAUGACUUGGCAACUCUGAGGUGGAGUAGUGCGCGUUUUGAUUAGUUUUACGUCAAUUUUAAAACAAUCGGAUUGAAAUUAUCUGCUUUUAAUUGAGUAAACUAUAGUUUUUGUCCGAUAGUGAUACGUUUUGGUAAACAACUAAAAUGAAUUUUACUUACGGCACUCCAGCCACCAGUACAACACCCUCUUUGGCUACAAACCCAGUCACAACCUCUAGUUCCGGUUUUAACUUCUCUGGUGCUACGUUUGGUGCUUCUACGGCUACAACCACAACGUCGAUAUCUACUGCGGCAACUGUUACUACAGCACCGACGCUUUCCUUCGGCUCGGGCACAACCCCAGCUACUCAAGCUACCGCACCAGCAACAACUAGUGCUAGUCAACUCAGUUUUGCAAUUCCAAAGCCGGCUGAACAAACUCAACCAGCAGCAAACCUAACUACCACUACUCAAACAACACAAUCGUCCUCCGUUUCCGGAACACAGUUAAAUUUCUGUCAACUUGAAGAGUUUAUUAACAAGUGGACUUUGGAACUUGAAGAACAAGAAAAACUCUUUACGAAUCAGGCUACUCAGGUCAACGCGUGGGAUAAAUUAUUACUGGCUAAUGGGGAAAAAAUAAUCACACUCAAUGAAGCGGUUGAGAAAGUUAAAGCGGAACAAGAUGCAAUGGAACAGGAACUUGAAUUCAUUACCGCACAACAUACAGAGUUAGAGGAAUGCAUUGUCCCGCUGGAAGAGGAAUUGUCUAAAAUAGUGCAGGUGGAUAUCGAACGCGGUCAAACAUAUUCAAUGGCCGAAACUCUGGACUCUCAAUUAAAGCAAAUGUCCGAAGACUUAAAGGAAGUAAUUGAGCACCUGAAUGAAUCGAAUAAGUACUCAGACCCAAGUGAUCCUUUAGUACAGAUCGGAAAGAUAUUGAACGCACACAUGAAUUCUCUACAGUGGAUUGAGUCUUCAACAUCUGGAAUCACCAAUCGGUUGGAAGAAAUCGGAAAAAUGCACGAUACAUUAAGAAAGGAUAACGAACGUUCGUUCAGACUAACUUAUUAUGAUAAUUGAAAAGUAAUUUAUUAUUUUACUGAAUAAAUGUUCAAAAAAAUGUG